AGCGGCGGCGGCGGCAGCGGCAGCAGCGGAGGGCGCGGCAACGUCCCCCGGAAGUGGAGCCCGGGACUUCCACUCGUGCGUGAGGCGAGCGGAGCCGGAGACACGACUAGAGGCCGAACUCGGGAUCUGACAAGAUGGCUGGGCUGCCCCGCAGGAUCAUCAAGGAAACCCAGCGUUUGCUGGCAGAACCAGUUCCUGGCAUUAAGGCAGAACCAGAUGAGAGCAACGCCCGUUAUUUCCAUGUGGUCAUUGCUGGCCCCCAGGAUUCACCCUUUGAGGGAGGGACUUUUAAACUUGAACUAUUCCUUCCAGAAGAAUACCCUAUGGCAGCCCCUAAAGUACGUUUCAUGACCAAAAUUUAUCAUCCUAAUGUAGACAAGUUGGGAAGAAUAUGUUUAGAUAUUUUGAAAGAUAAAUGGUCCCCAGCACUGCAGAUCCGCACAGUUCUGCUAUCGAUCCAGGCUUUGUUAAGUGCUCCCAAUCCAGAUGAUCCAUUAGCAAAUGAUGUAGCGGAGCAGUGGAAGACCAACGAAGCCCAAGCCAUAGAAACAGCUAGAGCAUGGACUAGGCUAUAUGCCAUGAAUAAUAUUUAAAUCGAUCUGAUCAAGUGUGCAUCACUUCUCCUGUUCUGCCAAGACUUCUUCCUUUUUUGUUUGCAUUUAAUGGACACAGUCUUAGAAACAUUACAGAAUAAAAGCCCAGACAUCUUCAGUCCUUUGGUGAUUAAAUGCACAUUAGCAAAUCUAUGUCUUGUCCUGAUUCACUAUUGUAAAGCAUGAGCAGAGGCUAGAAGUAUCAUCUGGAUUGUUGUGAAAACGUUUAAAAGCAGUUGCCACUCUCUGCUUUUAUUCAUUUCCCCCAUCAUGGUUUAAGUAUAAAGCACUGUGAAUGAAGGUAGUUGUUAAGGUUAGCUGCAGGGGUGUGGGUGUUUUUAUUUUAUUUUAUUGUUUUGAGGGGGGAGGUAGUUUUAUUUUAAUUUUAUGUUUCCUUUCCCCCUUUUUUAUGGUGAUCUAAUUGCAUUGGUUAAAAGCAGCUAACCAGUUCUUUAGAAUAUGCUCUCUAGCCAAGUCUAACUUUAUUUAGAUGCUGUAGGUGGACAAGCUUGAUUGUUUGAACCAAAAUGGGAAUAUUAAACAAACAUCACAGCCCUCACUAAUAACAUUGUGACUUUGCUGUCAAGUGUAGAUUCCCCCCUUCAAAAAAGCUUGUGACCAUUUUGUAUGGCUUGUCUGGAAACUUCUGUAAAUCUAUGUUUUAGUAAAAUAUUUUUUUGUUAUUCUACUUUGCCUUUUGUACAGUUUAUUUUACUGUGUUUAUUUCAUUUCCCAAUAUGACAAUCGUAUUUAAAAAUUAAAACUCUGGAUCAUUCUGUGUUGGUCUUCACCAUCUGACAAAUGGAAUUGCAAGAGGUGGAUUUUGCCAGUUUCUUUUCACUGAUGAAAUUUGUGUUAAGAUAUUACUGAAUGGAGUAUUUAUAAACUGCCCCUGAGCAUGCAUAAAACAUCAGUAUCUGAUGACCUUUUUUUUUUUUUUUUUUUUUUUACCUCCUAGAAAUUUGAAAUUGUUUGUGUUGUCUGAUUAGUUAGAUGAUCAUUGUUGCCACAAUGUUUGAAAAUUAUUGUACAGGACAGUCAGCAAAAAAAAGCAGUUUUGACUGAUGUGUAGGACUUCACGUUGUGCCACAUUUUUGCCUCAAAUUUGGGUUAUGACCUUUUUCUUGGUUCUUGUCUGAAAACUUCAUGUGUAACCACUGGUGUGUGUUGUCACUGAUCUGAUAAUCAUUUGGGGUUUGCUGAUGCAUUUGUGAGUCUUCCUCAUAGACCUGUUGACCAAAUCUCAAGCAGCCAGCUUGCAUAAGUGUCAUCAGGAGCAUCAAAUCCUCACCCAGUUAAUGAUUUUUGCUUUCUUCCCCCUAGUAUUUGCGAUGAGACCUCCCUUUAUUUUUUAAUUUGGUAUUCAGUAACGUUUUUCUUCAUUGACAGAGUUCCUGUCCUCACAAAACUGUUUCCCACAUCUCUCCACAGCUUUCCUGACUCUUGUUAUUUUUAAGUCAUAAAUGUAGCCAGUCAAAAAUAUGUAACUGUUAACCUUUGGGUUGGAAUCUGUGUCUCUUGCAGUUUAAGGUAAUGGAUAUUGUAGCCCACCUGAAUUUUCCUCACUCUUAUUCUCGUAACUUCUGGAGUUUCUUCAGAACGUGGUGUAUUUUAUUGUGCUCCUAUGUAAGAUGAAGAAUAAUCUAUUAAAAUUACAUUUUCAACAUACAAAA